CGGCAAGAGCUUCUUAAUUUGGUUGUAGUAUUUUCUCUAGUUAAAUUUGAGAUUAUUUUGGAGCAACUCCCUCUUCAAUCUCCUCGUUGGAUCUGUGGCUCAAUUCGGAAGAAGUGCCCAUGGCGGAGGUUGUGGUAAGCUCAUUACUCCUGAAUAUCCGUGCAACCUUAGUUAGUGAAGCAACUAAAUCAGCAACAUCACUAUUACUAACACGGAUAUCAGCAAUGAAAGAACUCCUGGAGGAUGUAAGUGACAUUAAGGAUGAGCUUGAGAGCAUGCAAUCCUUCCUACAGAUCGCAGAAAGACUAAAACAGAAGGAAGAGAGCACAAAAAUCUUUAUAAAACAAACGAGAGACUUGGCUUUCGACAUUGAGGAUAUUAUAGAUGAGUUCACGUACAAGCUGGGUGAGGAGCAAGGAGGGGUUCUACCCAUAGCAAUCAAGAGGUGCAGAAAUAUAAAAACCUGGCAUCACCUUAGCAAGAGGCUUAAAGAGAUCAAAAUUAAGCUCCAAAACAUUAUGGAAAGAAGGAAGCGAUAUGAUACGAGAGGAAUGGAAAAUGAGGCAAGACCUUUAAUAGCUGUUGGCGGUAGCAAAAGCCGUGCAGAAUUAGCACAUUUUGUCAAGGAGGAUGAUAUCGUGGGUAUUGACAAGUACAGGGACUUAUUGCUCGGAUGGUUAAAAGAUGAGGAUGAGCAGCAACGACAGCACGUGAUAAUCUCAGUGUUGGGUAUGGGUGGUCUAGGGAAGACAACUCUUGUUACUCAUGUGUACAAUAUCAUCAAAGCUACCUUUGACGCUUGUGCCUGGGUUGUUGUAUCUGAAAAUUACAAUACUGAUGAUUUGCUUAGACAGAUCUUAAAAGAGUUUUGUAGAGAAGAUCGAGAGAAAAGAGUAGUACCUAACAACAUUGAUACCAUGGAUUACAGAAGCUUGGUUGAGACUACCCGCACUUAUUUGCAGUAUAAAAGGUAUGUACUCAUUCUGGAUAAUGUUUGGAGUACUAAUGUAAUGGAUAAAAUAAAAGAUGCACUUCUGAAUAGUAAUAGCAAGAGCAGAAUAAUUCUUACAACAAGGAUUCACAAAGUAGCACUAUUAGCUAAUGAGCACCGUAUGUGUGAGCUAAAGCUACUAGAGGUAGAUCAUUCGUGGGAUUUGUUUUGUAAAAAUGCAUUUUGGAAAAGUGCAAACAGGAUUUGCCCGCCGCCUUUAGAACAAUGUGCGAAAAAAAUCGUCGAGAAGUGUGGCGGCUUGCCCCUUGCUAUCGUAUCUAUAGCCCGUCUCUUAUCAUUUCGAGAACAAACUGGUUCUGAAUGGGAGAAGGUUUACAAAGAUCUUGAGUGGUAUCUAACUAACAACGAAUCGGAGGUCCAUGAAAAAGUAUAUGACAUUUUGAAACUUAGUUUGGACGAUCUUCCCCAUUACCUUCGAAAUUGCUUCUUAUAUUGUUCUAGUUUUCCAGAAGAUUAUCGAAUUGAAAGUGACAAGCUCAUAUGGCUUUGGGUGGCCGAAGGGUUCAUUGAAGAAAGAGGAAUAAUGAUGGAGGAAGUGGCCGAGGACUACCUUUACGAACUUGUUCAUCGCUGUCUACUACAAGUGGUAUAUAGGGAUGAAGUCGGUAGAGUUUGUGCAUGUCGAAUGCAUGACGUCGUUCGAGUCCUCGCUCUUUCCGAGUCAGAGGAGUUAAGUUUCUGCAUGGCUUACGAGCAAUCAAGGACAAAAUUGCAGAGAUCCAAAGCACGCCGCUUGUCAAUCCUAAGCAAUAUAACGAAUUAUUGUACUGAAGACAAAUCUCAUUCACGUUCAGUACUUGUUUUCAACAAGUCCAUGAGUUAUGAUUUACUGAAGUCGGUCUUAAGAUCAUCAAAAUUUUUACGUGUCUUGGAACUACAAGGAGCACUAAUCGAGAAACUACCGAACGAAAUCUGUAACUUAUUCAAUCUACAUUAUCUUGGCUUGAGAGGAAUCAAAAUUAAGGAGCUUCCAAGAUCAAUAGGAAAGCUACAAAAAUUGCAAAUAUUAGAUAUAGGUGAAAGUGAAAUAGAAAAGCUGCCAAAGGGAAUAACAGAGCUUCAAAAGUUGAGACAUCUAGUUUUGUCCUACAAUUCGAGUAAUAACAUCCAGGCACUGGCGGGAAUACAGUGCUUGAAGGGCUUGCAUAGUUUGGCAAACAUUGGUGCAACUAGGAAGAUUGUGCGGGAUGUAGAAGCUUCGACUGAGUUGCGGACAUUUUCAAUAACGGGCGUAAGAACCCAUCACUGUGCAGACUUGUGGAAUAGUAUCACAAAGAUGAACCAUCUUAGUACUUUAUGUAUCAUGAGUGAAUGUGGGCAAAAAUUACAGCAGUUGGGCAUCCUGUGCCUACCUCUACCAAUUCAAAGAUUACAUUUGCAUAGUGAAUUAGACAAAGACUCACUCCUUGAGCUUGCCACAUCCUUUGGGUCUCUAACAAACCUAACCACAUUAACACUUGCAUAUUUUAAGGGUUAUUUUAGUAUAAAUUAUAAGAAAGGAACGGAAUACCUCCUUGCGACGGAGGCCUACCGCCCAAUUAUCGUUUUGAAGCGGCCCCUCCUCGCCUUCCUCCUCGCGCUCCUCCGGGUCUCCCACCCACUCAAUCAAGGACGGGCUCAAGGCGCUCUGUCGCGUUGCACUGUACCCGCUCAACCGCUCUGUGUUGGUCGCAUUGCAACAAAAACGUGUCGAGCUCGGCGCCAUGCCCACGCUCUUCUCCCUUGUCGUCAUUCUGCAUUCGUCGCGCUUUACCCGCUCAACCGUCCCGUGCUGGUCGAGCUCGGUGCCGUGCCCGCACUUUUCUCCCUCGUCGGACGUGGAGUGGACUCGCGCGACCCACGCGAGUUGUCCCCACGCAGGAACCCAGAGAUGCUACCAACCACGAACAUACUCUCUGCACCUGGUAGCAGGGACUGA